AUGGUCAGAGAGGAGAAGAAAAGGGAAGCCAACACCAAGAUUGUGAAGGGUACUGUGACAAGUUGUGGGGACAACUAUGGCUGGAUCGAGAACUGUGUCUUUUUCAGCAUUGAUGCUAUGAUCGGCCCUUCGCGUCUGCGAGUUGGAGAUAAAGUCGUUGCAUUUGUGGAGGAACAUCCACUAUCAUAUGACUUGAGAGCAAUCGAAGUAUGUGUUUUAAUCGAAGAUGACAGGCCUAGAGAAGCCUACUCCAAGAUCCGUGAAUUAUCCGUGUGUGUUUCCAAAGUGAGGAAAGAUAAUAUCUGCCUAGCGGAUGAAUACUACUUCUAUCUGGACAGCAUUUCUAAAGCUAUCUUAGGUUUUAUGCCUUAUGAAGGGGAUUGGUUAGAUAUUGAGUAUUCUUUGGAGCGAAGAUCAUCAAAGAUCACAAUACACUCGUUGAAGGCCACGAAGUGUAGGCACCUGCAAGAGGUCUGCGUGACUAGUAUCCACGAACAACAAGGAGUGCUGAAUCACACCAUCUUUUUCACCUUCCACUCACUGAAGUGCCCCGUGGGCUACACCCCUCUUGUAGGCCAUGUUGUCAACGUGGUGGUAGUGCAGAGCAUCCGGCCCAACUACAACUGGAGAGCAGUCUCCAUGACGCCAGUGAACAAGCUGUACAGGCUAGGGCCCUGAGAAUCCCUCUUCCAGUUACUCCUACAAGAAGUGGAGGGCCUCAGUUAAUACACACGCUUAUGUUUUGUUA